CACCUCCUUCUCCCAUUCUCUUUCAAACACUAAUCAUAAUAUUGAUUUAACCAACUAAUUCCUCUUCGUCUGGCGGAGAUGAGCACCACCGUGCAAGCACUGCGUGCAUCGUGUAGUUGUGGAUUGUUCCUGAACGUCGAAUGUAGACAUUCGGCGCCAGAGAAGUUAGGGUUUGUGAAGUUCUGCGGGAUCAAUGCCGUUGGAUUAGGCCGAAGUUGUAAGAGCUUGUUGAAGCCGAUUAUGGCGAAGGAGGACCGUGGCGCCUCUCCUACCGAUGACGCUAGUCCUAUAUGUCAGGGGCUUUCUGUGAAUAAGCCUUUUACUGAUUAUUGUGCUGCAUUUUCCGGCAAAAAUAUCUGCGAGGUGUCAAAUAUUGGGAAAUCGACGAACAUUUUGUGGCAUGAAUGUCCAAUCCAGAAACUUGAUAGACAGCAACUACUUCAGCAAAAAGGUUGUGUCAUUUGGUUAACUGGUCUCAGUGGUUCAGGAAAGAGCACUCUGGCAUGUGCUUUGAGUCGAAGCUUGCACCGCAGAGGAAAGCUAACUUACAUCCUUGAUGGUGACAAUAUUCGGCAUGGUCUAAACCGUGAUCUUAGUUUUAAAGCAGAAGAUCGUUCAGAGAACAUACGAAGGAUUGGUGAAGUAGCAAAACUCUUGGCAGAUGCAGGUGUUAUUUGCAUCACUAGUUUAAUAUCACCCUACCGUAAGGAUAGGGAUGCUUGCCGAGCUCUGCUGCCAGAAGGAGAUUUUAUCGAGCAGGUUUUCAUAGACGUGCCACUAGACUUAUGUGAAGCAAGGGACCCAAAGGGACUCUACAAGCUUGCUCGAGCCGGAAAGAUCAAAGGUUUCACAGGCGUAGAUGAUCCAUAUGAACCACCAUGUAGUUGUGAGAUAGUAUUACAGCAAAAAGUAAGUGAUUGUAUGUCUCCAAGUGACACCGCAGAAAUAGUGAUAUCCUACUUGGAGAAGAAUGGAUACCUGCGGGCCUGACCUUGCUUGAACGGGUCCUUGCUUUCUUGUUUGUUGUUGGUAUAUUGUAUAUAACAGUCUGAGGCACAUAAAGAACUGCUGCUUCCAGCAGCGAGGAAAUCAUUGUAUCCUAUGCAUCUGCUUCAAUCUAGUAGCAAGGCAUAUAAAAAAUUGCUCGUUACAGCCACACUGUAUUUACGACUUAAUU